AUGGCUCGUACCAAGCAAACAGCUCGUAAAUCCACUGGAGGAAAAGGGGGAAAAUUGCCAAGGAAACAUUUGGCUACUAAGGCAGCGAGAAAAACGGCUCCAACAUCAGGUGGAGUGAAAAAACCUCACAGAUACCGUCCAGGCACUGUCGCUCUUCGUGAAAUAAGAAGAUACCAAAAAUCCACUGACUUGCUCAUCAAAAGAGCGCCAUUCCAGCGUUUAGUCAAAGAAAUAGCACAGGAUUAUAAAACUGAUCUCCGUUUCCAAACGGCAACUAUUGGUGCCCUUCAAGAAGCCGCCGAAGCCUACUUGGUGGGUCUGUUCGAAGACACAAAUUUGUGUGCUACCCAUGCCAAACGAGUAACUAUUAUGCCCAAGGAUCUCCAACUGGCCCGUAGAAUUCGUGGAGAAAAUCUCAUCAUGGCUCGUACCAAGCAAACAGCUCGUAAAUCCACUGGAGGAAAAGGGGGAAAAUUGCCAAGGAAACAUUUGGCUACCAAGGCAGCGAGAAAAACUGCUCCAUCAUCUGGUGGAGUGAAAAAACCUCACAGAUACCGUCCAGGCACUGUCGCUCUUCGUGAAAUAAGAAGAUACCAAAAAUCCACUGACUUGCUCAUCAAAAGAGCGCCAUUCCAGCGUUUAGUCAAAGAAAUAGCACAGGAUUAUAAAACUGAUCUUCGUUUCCAAACGGCAACUAUUGGUGCCCUUCAAGAAGCCGCCGAAGCCUACUUGGUGGGUCUGUUCGAAGACACAAAUUUGUGUGCUACUCAUGCCAAACGUGUAACUAUUAUGCCCAAGGAUCUCCAACUGGCCCGUAGAAUUCGUGGAGAAAGGUCCUAAGAAGUUGACUAAUAAUUUAGAUGAAAGGUUUCGCUUGAACGUAAUAUAUUUUUACUUACGGUUCGAAAUAUCCUGUCAACCUUUACAUUGCGAACCUAAUUUUUCAAACCAAAAAAUGUACUUAUUUUUCGUUGAACAUCAAAGUUAAGAUGGGAGGUGUUCACUUAAUUAAAA